AUGCUGUCUUUGCGCCAACUCUCUCGCCAACUCCCCCGCGGUGUCGCUCGUCUGACUUCGACCGCCGCUCGUCAGCCUCUGCGCACUCCCGCUUUUGCCGCUGCCAGAACUGCCGCCCACUUCUCCACUUCUCUGAUCCGUCGUCAAGAUGCCACUACUCAGGAGCUUGCCGCCAAGCUGAACUCGGAAAUCGCCCUCGAGAAGGAGCAGCAAGCAGACGACAGCUACCGCUACAACUGCCAGGAAUACAUCGACAACAGCGAGUUCAAGAUCGAGGACAAGGCCGGCACAGAGGAGGUUCACCUCACCAGAACAUACGGCGAUGAGAACAUCAAGGUUACCUUCUCCAUUGCCGACUUCAACACUUACGACGAAGAGGCCGACGCUGAGGACCCUGCUCUUUACGGUGAUGAGGACGGCGCCCUCGAUAUGGAUGGUCAGUCUGGCGGUGCCAACACCAAGGGCGCCGUGAACCAGGGCCGCACCUCUGGUGGUAACAUCCGUGUCGCCCCCGAGGAUGAGAUCGCUCCUGCCGACAGACCUGAGCUCCAAGAUGAGGAGGACAACUCGGCAAGCUUCCCCGUUCGUGUUCAAGUCACCGUGACCCGCGAGGGCAAGGGUGCCCUCGCCAUUGAGUGCCUGGCUCAAGAUGGCGAAAUUAGCAUAGAGAACGUCUACCACUUCCCCACUGCCGAGUUGGCUGAGGCCAAGACAGCCGAGAAGGACUGGGCAAGAAGAAGUCUCUACACGGGACCUCCAUUCGGCCAGCUUGAUGAGGAUCUUCAGAUGCUCUUGGAGCGAUUCCUCGAGGAGAGAGGCAUCAACACCCAGAUGGCCCUCUUCAUUCCCGAAUACAUCGACUUGAAGGAGCAGAAGGAGUACAUUGGAUGGUUGAACAACAUGAAGAGCUUCGUUUCAUAA